AUGCUUUAUGAAGACUGGAAUGGAGCCGAAGAAUUUGAUAUGGGCAAUGAGACAGCAACACUGGACAUCGAUCAUCUACCUGUGCAAGACUGGUGCUUCGAUAUUUUACUCUUUUAUGAGAGUAUCGGUGAUGAAAACUCAAUGCAAGUACUCAAUCAGCUGAUGGUAUAUGCGCAAUUCAGUUUUGUCGUUAACGGAGUCAUCACUUGUACAUUAGCCAUAUUUGGCCUGAUCGGAAAUGCACUCCUGUUCUAUCAAGUCGGUUCUUUUGAAACUUCUAUCUAUCAUGCCUCAACUCAUUAA